CUUUGCCAGCAGCUGCUCUCAAUUGACAGAAUAUUAGUGUUACUACCCUGAAGGCUGCUCCGAAACAUUUGACCUGAAUGUUCCGGGCUUCCCUGCGGUCUGUUUCAGACCCUCUCCGCGAACAUGUCUGCAUCUCCUGUUUAGCCCAGAGGCUCGGAGGUCGCACUAGGCUCCGUCUGUACUCCAACACUCCAUAUCGCGCAAACUCGAGCAUCGAAGAUGCAUCCGCUCGAGUUGUCUCAGAGGGUUUGUCGGCUCUAGACAAGAGUCCACCACCGCAGAAAGACCGGAAAAGCCGAUCUCCUGGCGAACGUUCAAAGCAGCACAACAAGAGACUCAAUAACCUCAAGUCAACUUCCAAUGCUCUCGAGGAUGGUGAAGCUGCUACGACCAAAACUGACGAUGACACUACCUCGCCAGCCGAGGAUGGCGAGCCAUCCAAGGAUCAGUCGGUGCAUACGGCUGGCAAGGGAUCAAAGAAAAUUACCGGGAAGGCUCGAAAGAUGUCUGCGAUAAAAACUCGGAGAGCCUUAGCCAAGGAGAAGCAAAAGACAAAAGCCUCAAAAGACCAUCCAGAACAGAAAGAACAACUCGCUGCAGAGACCCAAGAAGAUCCGGCAUCUCGUAUCAAGUCGUCGCUCCAAUCGAUCGUUUCUCACCUGGAUUCAACGAAAGCUACAAGUGUAAGAGAACAGGAAAGCCCUAAGAACUUGUCAUUUGUUAUGAGCUCUAUAUACGCAAAGGAGCUUGGCAAGGUUGAAUCGAAAGACCUGCAAUUGAAUCCUCUGGAUGUUGAAACAGCGCCCGUUCCCCGACUCUCUUUUGGCCUUGAAAGGGUUCUUUUUAACCCAGGUGUUUACCAUCUUCGGGACCCACGGUCUCGUGUCUACAAUUUCGACCCCUACUUGGGCCAGAUCAUGCCUGUCACCGAAUUCGAUUUUGAUGCUUUGAAGGACUAUAUCACCUCUUCCAAGGAUCAGACGCUCCGGGAUAUAGCGGUGAAGGAGAAAAAGAAGUACAUAGGAUCAUCUUCGAGCAUGACCUCUGUGUUGUCACACUUUCAUUAUCUCCUUUCGGCAUGGAGGGGAGUUGAUAUUCGGACCUUGUCCCAAGGCUUUCCGGAUAAAUUAAGGUCCUUCACACGUCUCCUGCGUGCUCCUUCAGCCAUGUUUCUCCGAUACCAAGAUGGGGUCUAUGCCAUCGACGCGGACAAAGAGUUUGAGUCUGCCAAUAUCCUAAUGAACUUGGGAAAGUCAAUGGAGAAACUCCUUACCUUACCGAAGGAUGAUUUUGAACGCUACAGGCGGUCGAGUGAGAACAAGAUCUCUGCCGAGGAGGAACAGGCUAUUCCCGAGUCCUACCACUAUUCUACGCUUGGUGAUUUCCUCAUGAGAUCUCAGUUAGAUGCGUAUGACCCCAGGCUUCCUGGAACUGGCAUGUUCGAUCUCAAAACGAGGGCUGUAGUCUCCAUUCGGAUGGACGCUCGUAACUUCGAACGUGGUCUUGGUUAUGAAAUUCAAAACCGCUACGGCGCCUUUGAAUCCUACGAACGCGAGUUUUACGACAUGAUCCGAGCGGCCUUUCUUAAAUACUCUCUUCAGGUGCGAAUUGGCCGUAUGGAUGGUAUCUUCGUUGCCUUUCACAACAUUGAGCGUAUCUUCGGAUUCCAGUACGUCAGCUUGCCGGAAAUGGAUCAGACACUGCAUGGCCAGUAUAACACGGCAUUAGGUGAUACGGAGUUCCGCCUGAGUCUAGCAUUGUGGAACAAAAUUCUAGACAAGGUCACGACGAAGUUCCCCGAAAGGUCCAUUCGUCUUCACUUUGAAACCCGAGACGCCCAAACUCCGUUCAUGUACAUCUUUGCCGAACCUGUCACUGACGAUGAGAUUCACUCCAUUCAGACCAGGAAUCAAGCUGAAAUCGAUGCGUACCAGCGACGGGUCUUGAAUUUAGCUCCCUCCGAGGAAGAAGAUGUACCAUCCACGGAUGGUAAAGAAGAGCUUCAACCGUCUAGCAGUUCUGAUAAGCAAGAAGGGUCAGUUGAGGAAGAGAGGAGAUCAACAGAGCUUGGCCCCGAUGAUUAUGAAGUGGAAUAUGACUCAUCAGCGCCGCUUGACGAAGCUUUCCUCUCGGAAGUUGAAAAUGAAGUCGCGGAGAAAGCCCCUAAUAAUGGCCGCGAGUUACUUGCCAUGACUCUUGUGACCAAAAACUUUGUCAACGGUAGAAUCGUUGAACGGCCCAGCGACCUGAAAGCAAACGAUGAAUGGAAUGUCGAGUACGAACUAAGCGAACUGAAAGGGGAAAAGGCACGCGCGUUGUACGCAGCAUGUCAAAAACGUCGGGAGAAGGCUCUCACGGGCCGAGGAGAGGAUGAACAAGACGUCGCAAACAACGUAUACAUUCGGCGACUACGGGAGAUUAGCAAAAAGGGACGAGACUACCGCAGGAAAGAAAACAAGCUGGACAAAGAGAAUGGUAUUGUUGUGCUGGACGAGUCAGCCUAAUCAGUCAAAUUUGGGUUUCAGCAAGGGUGUAGUCAUGCGCCCCAUCCAUCCACCCACCUUUUUAAUCCUUCUCCAUUCUACAGAUACCUCUCAAGAUCUUAUGUAUAAUAUUGUCUCCAACUCCAAGUUUUAUGGUUGUGGAGUUGGACUGUUUGCAUCCAGGGCGUUAGGCCUGUGCUAUUCCUGUAUGGCGUUCGUUUGAUGUUCCAACCCAGGGUACUGAGUCUGGGAUUUAGAUAGCAUUGUGUAUACGAUUGGCUGUGUGUUUUUCUAGUUGGUAUAUACGUUACUUGCGGUUCUUAGACUCCUAAUCCAC